CCUUUCCUCCACUGUUUGCUGCCCUGCUCUAUAAUGGGCACUAGGGCAGCUUUAGAAAUCCAAUCCAAAUGCUUUCCAUAUUAGUUCACCGCCUUCUCUGUUUCCAAAUAGCAACCAUGCUGGACUUCUGGUAACAGGAGGCCUCAGCAGGGACGGCGGAAAACAGGCAGGCAGGCUCAUCCGCUGCACAUAUUGCACAAGUUGAGAAAACGGCGAGGAGGAGAGUGUGAAAACAGGAGAAGAAAUGGGCCAGAAAGGUUCGACAGACAAGAAGGAGGGCAGGAAGAGGAGAGAUGAAAGUCCAGAUGGGGGAGAUCGCAAAAAGUGCAGGGGUUGUUGUUUUCCGCUGUUCAUCGCCCUGCUACAGCUGCUGUUGGGAGUGGCAGUCACCGUCGUGGCCUUCCUUAUGUUGGCCAUCAGCCCCUCACUAUUGACCAGGGAGACACCACACUGGGCUGGGAUCAUUCUCUGUUUAGUUUCCAUCCUGGGCUUCAUCCUCUACUGUGUCACCUACAUGCCUGAUGAGAGGACAACUCUGCAGUUCAUCGUCAAGCUGCUGUACUUCGUCCUGUGUGUAAUCGGCCUGGUCAUUUCCGUGCUGGUUGUGGCAUUCUGUGGAUACCACCACGCACAGACCAGCAGCUUCACCUGCGAGCAGACAAAUGCGGACUGCACGUGCACUCUGGAUACGGACGACCCAAUAGCUCGCACUUUCACCUACGAGGGAGUCGAUGACUGCAAGACGAUCACCGAGACUCUUACAUUCUACUUCCUCCUCCAGAUUAUAUUGAAUCUGGUCCAGGCGCUCGUCUGCGCCGCUGCAGCCUUUGUCAUGUGGAAAGACCGUUACCAGGUGUUCUUUGCCGGGCUUCAGAUCGGCUCUGUCUCCAGCCAGCAGUGGCAGAAGGUGUAAGAACGUCCUACUACGGACAGGAAAUAUACUUUCUCAGUGUGUCUGCCGUAGUGUGUCGUCCUUAAUGACACUUCAAACUAUUAAAAGGGAACUUGUGUGCGAAUGCUGUAUUUUUUAUAUAUAUAUUUACCACAUAAACAGAUUUGUACUUCCAUGUUAUAUUAUAUUGAAUAAAACAGAGCAAAAAAAGUCACUUAAUAUGAAUAUUAAAUCAGAUUUCCAUCGACCCAUGCAUUUUCAUCCGUUUAUCCGUUACCGGGUCGCAGGGGCAGCAGUUGCCACACAAAUCACAUUGCACUGUACGCCACAUUUUAAGGCUUUCAUUUUAAGGAAAAAUUGGAGGAAAAAACUAGUUCACCAAAUCAGGUAGUGAUUAUGGAAUGGAACGAACACUCUGAUUGGCUGAGGAUGCAGCUAAUAAGUCAAUGAAUCAGCAGAGAUGGGAGAGUAGAGUUGGGCAGAUAUCACACUUUUGCCCAAAUAUGAAUUGUGUGAUCAUGCUAUAAUGCCAAAGAUAAACGAAACAAGACGGAAUAUUGUGUCGCCUGAAUGUUUAUUAGCUGCUAGACUUGGUCCCAGCACCAAUAACUGGGCAGACUUUCUGACACUGGAUCCAGGCAGAGCUGGCCUCUUGCUUCUGAAAACGUAGAUGCCAGAGGCCAUGAAUCCAACAGCCUGUAGGAAACCAAGUACAGCAGCCAAAAAGGGGGAGGACAGAACGCUGGGGGGAAGAAAGUGGGACCCAGACAGGCAGCUGGACUGUAUCCAAAACAAUAGGCGUGUUUACAUCUUUCUACAGCGGGAAAUACAAAUGGAGAAAUGUAGCAAAAACAAAGAAAAUAAAUCUUUUAAAAAUAUGCAGAGUUCAGAGAAACAAGAUCUGCAGCUACUGUUUUUGUGUUUGUAACUUAUGUUCAAAGCAAUAAAAAAAGUUUAAUCAGAG